UCUCCACGGUACCAACUAAUUUGACUUCACACAGUUGGCUACAGUGUUAUUUGACAGCUCUAGAGGUGAUAGGCUGUGGUGAUAGGUUACAAUUUUGUGGUUCACAAAACAGUGUCAAUAAAAUAAUAACUAAUUUUUUAUAAUAUGGACCCAACAUUGAGUAAAGAGACUUUGGAGAAAUUCCGUUCGAGUUUUUUCUCCGACGAGAAAAACAUUUUUGCUCAGAAUGUCUGCUCCCGAAUCGACCCUUUCGACGCCUGUCUUUCGCGCAAGGCCCUCGAAGAGACGCACCACGUCUAUGAGCACAAAGUGGAGGCCGAGGGCAAGCCGGUCAGCAACCAGAAAAACUCAGGCCGGUGCUGGAUUUUCGCCACUAUGAAUGUGAUCCGAUUGCCCUUCAUGAAACACCUAAACAUUGACGAUUUUGAGUUCUCCCAAGCCUACCUCUUCUUCUGGGACAAGAUCGAGCGGUGUAACUUUUUCCUCAAUAAUAUCGUCGAAACGGCCAAACGCAACGAGACGGUGGAGGGGCGACUGGUCUCGUUUCUACUAAAUGACCCGAUUUCGGACGGGGGCCAAUGGGACAUGAUUGUCAAUCUCAUCAACAAACACGGAUUGAUGCCCAAAAAGUGCUUCCCCGAGUCGUUCAGCUGCGAGACGAGCGCGAAAAUGAACCAAAUCCUCAAAACUAAAUUGCGUGAGUACGCGAAGGCCAUCCGCGACUUGAUCGCCAAGGGUGAAGGCGACCUAAAAGUACAAAACUUGAUAAGAGAGCAAAUGAAUACGAUUUAUCGUAUUGUGGGUAUUUGUCUCGGUGUGCCUAACGAGACGUUCACUUUCACUUAUUACGACAAGAACAAGACUUAUCACAGCAUUGGUCCAAUAACCCCAAAGGCUUUCUAUGAGGAGCACGUCAAACCUAUUUUUGAUGUCGAUAAUAAAGUGUGCAUAGUUACCGACCCGCGACCGUCAAACCAAUACGGUAAAGUAUACACGGUGGAUUGUUUAGGCAACGUUGUGGGUGGACGUCCCUGUAUAUACAACAAUCAACCCGUUGAACUUCUACUCGAAGCCACGGCCAAGUCGAUCAAAGAUGGCGAAGCUGUGUGGUUUGGUUGCGAGGUGAUGAAACGUUUCGCCGGAAAACAGGGGAUUUUAGAUUUGAAAAUUCAUAAUUUUCCGCUGGUGUUUGGGGUAGAUAUCCAGACCAUUUUGAGUAAAGCCGAUAGGUUGAUUUAUGGGGACAGUGCCAUGUCACAUGCGAUGGUUUUCACCGCUGUGAGCUUGAACGAAAAAGAUGAAGUGACGAAGUUGCGUGUGGAGAAUUCGUGGGGUGAGGAUCGUGGAGAAAAAGGAUACUUGAUUAUGAGUACUGAGUGGUUCAAGGAGUAUGUUUUUGAAGUGGUAGUGGAUAAGAAGUAUGUUCCUGAUGAUGUUCUUGAAGUUUUUAAACAGAAACCGAUUGUCUUGCCAGCUUGGGAUCCGAUGGGAACACUUGCCAAUACUUUAUGUUAAUUUGUAAUAUUUUUGCUUCAAUAUAAUUUUGUGGCAAUAUUUUAA